ACUAGAAAGGCUCUAUCAGAGCAGACACAAACACAGAGGGGCCUAAAGCCAGAGUUUGUUGUUAGUUUGACGGACAAGCAUGGAUUUAAUGGAAUUGUUUUUCAUCACUCUUGGUGCCGCAGUCAUUGUCUGCUACGGAGUGAGACUGCUGUACUUCAGUAGGAUGCUUUUUCCAAAAAUUUGUUUUCCACUGUCAAAGUAUUUUUUCACCUCCAUGGGAGAGUGGGCAGUGGUGACUGGUGCUUCAGAGGGAAUAGGAAGAGCAUAUGCGUUUGAGCUGGCUGAGCAAGGGAUGAACGUGGUCAUCAUGAGCAGAACCAAAGAAACAUUGGACCAGGUGGCCAAGGAAAUAGGUGCCACCACAGGGCAGAGGGUGAAAGUGAUAGUAACGGACUUAAUGAAGGACGUCUUCAGUGAAAUUGAAGAGCAGCUUCGGGGCCUCAACAUUGGGGUUUUAGUCAACAAUGUAGGCAUACUGCCCAGCGUCAUCCCCUGCAAAUUCCUUGAGUGUGCCGAGCUGGACCAGACAAUAACAAAGGUGAUAAACUGCAAUGUGAAAACUAUGGCCAAGAUGUGCAAAAUAAUCCUUCCAGGAAUGGAGAACAGGGGAAAAGGGGUGAUUGUGAAUAUUUCCUCAGGAGUUGCCUCCAUUCCAUUCCCCCUGUACACCCUGUAUGCUGCAUCUAAGGUGUUUGUGGAAAGAUUCUCUCAAGGUCUCCAGGCUGAAUACAAAGAUAAAGGGAUUCUUAUACAGGCGGUGGCUCCAUUUGGGGUCUCCACUCGAAUGGCAGAUUACCAAAAGACCAACAUAGUGACUCUGUCACCAGGAGACUUUGUAAAAAGCUCCUUGCAGUACCUCAGAGCUGGAGAUAAAACAUACGGCAGUGUCUGUCACAUAGUCCUGGGCUGGUUGCUGAAGUCUAUUCCUCUAAAAAUUCUGUAUGCGGACUCUAUACUACUCGGCCUACAAGACUACGUCAAGAAGAGAGCUUUAGAAAAGGGGAGAAAUAACCAGGAACCAAAUAUUUCACACUCUAAAUCAAAUUAAAUAAUUAUAGAACUGGUGUUCGGCAAGCCUGUGUUUUCUAUUUCUCAUUCAAAUAUAGUGGUGACUGUUUGAAGAACUUGUUAUUAUCAGGUGCCGUAGGACUAUUUGUUUGUAUAUUUGUUAGAUUAUGGGUAUCAAGCCACCCUCAGGGGCACCUUUAAUAAUUGUGUUAUUUUCCUCAGUUCUUGAUGUUUGCAGGGAUUGCUUUAUCUCUGCUUUAUUCCAAAUAUUCAGUGUGCAGUUACACCUGUACAAUCUAAUGCGAUCCAAUGCAAUGCUGUGCGGUCAUAAAUCUACUUUAAUGAUGCCAAUAAUGUUCCAUGUUUCAUAGAGGUGUUUAUUAAAUGAUAUGUUUCAACAUCAAGGUAAUAGUAGUGGUGGUGAGGUUUUACUGGACUCCAUUAUACUGAAAUGUGUAAUAUCUUGGUCCCCCCAUCAUGUAUUUCAAAAGGGAGCACAAAAUAUGGAAACACCUCUCACUAUUAUGUUGUCCAGUGCUACACCAUCUUUAUUAACUAAGACCUCAGCAAGACAUAGUUGGUUCCACACAUUUCCGAAAAUGUAAACAAAAGCUGAACACAAUGAGCUUCGUGACAGAGCUGUCUUAUUGUAUGCCCAGUUCCUCAUAUUCAUAAAUUUUGUAGAAGAAUAUAAGUGAAAUAAGUGACUUUUCAGCAAAACUGAAGGAACUGUCCUGUUCUAUUCACCACACACACACUAUGCUGUAAGAUGCACACACACACACACACACGCACACACACCUGUAACUAUCAUUAGCAUCCUCCUUUCCCCUCUGAGAUGGGGGAAGCAUUUGAUCAGAUGAGUAACUCACCAGACGACUUUGCUGUGGUGUCAGUCGCCAUUCUGAUAUCCACUAAACCAGUUGUGGGGCAGAAGAGGACUGAUGAGC